AGGUCAGCGCCCGCCAUUUUAGGAGCAGAGAGCCAGCAUCUGGCAGAGAGCCAACAUCUUCUGAACUGCAGCAUCGGAUUCAGCAAUGGCAGAAGCAGUGGAGGUGAUGCUGCGGCGCUUGAGGGAAGCGGCGGACACCAGGGGCAGCGACUGGCUGGAGCAGCAGGUGACCGCAUUGCUAGGGGGGGCGGAGGUGGGUACGUCUAGCCCUACUCCAGCAGCUACACGGCCGUGGCGGGUACGGCCGCUGGCGCGCCUGAGCCCUGAUUUACCCCCCCGGGUCCGGCGCCGUGUCAGGAGCCCCACAAGGGACCCUCCACGCCGGGAGCAUUCUAAGGCUACUGCGGCCUCCCGGCGUGGGAGGAAUCCAUAUGUCCGGCGGGACCCUCCAGAGGCUGUGGGGCCUUCCCCUCAGCCCAUCGCGCCAGCAACAGGGGAGUCAGGACCUGGUUCUGCAGGAUCCCCUCCUGUCCUCAGGAGUCGGAGGCCUGCUCAGCGUGGGAGAGGUAGUGGCAGCAGAGGCAGCAGCGGGGCUGCGCGGUCGGCCAGGGCGGCCCGGCGCAGGCCCUUACAGGAUGAGCCCCUUUCAGUGGCACACGAGGCUGCGCCUGUAGGUGCCAGGGACGGGCGCAGGCCUUGCCAUGAUGCGCUUCUUACAGAGGAGGAGGACGAGGCUGUUCUGUACGGCUCCCCGCCCCAGAGCAGGCCUCUUGGGCAUGAAGACAGGCGUGCAGAUGCUUAUAUGGAGGACAGGGAGUUGCGCAGGCCAUUUCCUGAGGGCGGACAGUUUGCUACUGGUCCUGACACCGUGGAAGACAGAGGGCGUCCCAGAGCCAUUCCUAACGCACCCAGCAGUGAUCCGGCUGGGGUGCUGCCGGCGAACAGCGCAAGUACCCAUCAAAGGAAUGUCGUGGAUCCAGGAGUCGUCCGUCAGGAAGCAGGACCUGCGGCUGCCGGGUUCACAGCACCCGGGCAGCUAGUGGGAGCGGUUUCGCCAGCUGGCCCCGGAGGCGAGUCAGGUCGGAUUGGUGUGUCCAGAGUCGUUGUGGGAGAUCCUGGAGGUGAUGCCCCGUUAUUAGUUUGGAUCCUGGGCCAUUCGUUCGUGUUCUGGGGGGCAUUACGAGCGGAUGUUCGGCAGAAUGGGCGGCAGCUGGGGUUUGAUCGGGGGACAGCCAUAGUAAGAUGGAUCGGACGCAGAGGUAUGGUGUGGGGUAGUGUUUUGCAGGAGGUUCAUCGGCAAGCCAGGUUAGAUAGAGUCCCAGAUAUCUUGGUGUUGCAUGUUGGGGGAAAUGACCUAGGGGUCCGACCUUGCAGAGAGUUGAUCAGGGAUAUACGUUUUGAUUUUUGCGUUUGUGGUCCCUCUUCCCGUCAGUUGUCACUGUGUGGUCGGACAUUGUCCCCAGGAAGGUCUGGAGGGAGGCGAGAUCGGUUGAAAGGCUGAAUAAGGCUAGGAUUAAGCUGAACAGGGUGAUUGGGCGGUUCUGUGCCAAACAUGGGGCGGUGGUGGUGAGGCACCCCGAGUUGGAAGCAGGAACAGGAGGCUUUUGGAGACAGGAUGGAGUCCACCUCAAUGCGGUGGGCAUUGAUUUGUGGUCACUGGACUUGCAGGGAGGUAUUGAAACAGCCCUCCGGGUGUGGCGGAACGCGCGAGCUUAAGGGCUGUCAAGCUGCGCGUUGUUGGCGGGGGGAGGUCAUAGAAGCUGGGGCUACUGGAUGGUAACGGUGAAUGAGAGGGCCUCAAUGGUGGGGCUGGACUCUCAGAGUUGGGGCACCUGGUUGGCUUGGU